UUCGAAAUAACGGCCGUUCGGCUGUUGUCGCAGCGUUCGCCUCGGAAAUGCGUCGGUGUGUUGCCUCUGCGCUGCUGCUCGUCCGCUUCGUGCUUGUGCUUUGUGGUGAGCCGCGGUGACAUCGUGCUUCGUCGCAACGGUUACACGGGCGUCACCAUAGCUCUUUCGCCGCGUAUAUUGCGAGAGCGUCUGCCCGACGACUUUGUGAACAUCAUCGCCGAGCUCGUCGACUCUGCAUCGAAGAAGGUUUACGGUGAACUCGAUGGCCGCGCGUUCUUCAAGGAGGUCACCUUGCUGGUUCCCAGUUCCUUCAAUGCUUCCGCGAUUGUCGAGAGCAACAGCACCAGAGACGACCUGCAUAUCGCGGUGAGUUCUAGGCCCAGCUUCGGCUCAGCGCAUUUUGUGAUCGAGCCCGACAAGGGCGUCCUCUUCGGCGAGCACCCGUACACCCUGCAGUAUGGCCCUUGCGGUGUCCAAGGCUUACGAACGGUGCUGCCUUUUUCUUCUGUCGUCAAUAUCGACGGUGAAGCGAUGGCCACAGAAUGGUUACGUUUCAGGUACGGCGUAUUCAUUGAACAACCUGUGCCCAACGAUCCACUGUACUCGCCCGACGCGGCCGCCACGAAGCAGGGCGUUCUUUGCGAGUCGCGAAGUGCUCGAGACGUGAUUGAACAGUCUGACGACUUCAGUGGUAUCAACCUCAGUGGCUCAUCACCGUACGAGCGUGUCAAGUUAAAUAUCGUCCAGGAGGCUCCGCUGCGCCUCGUCGUAGUCUGGAAUGUUGAAUCGCAGAGACCUGUCAUCUCGGACACCGCACAUGACGACUCUGACGGCGCUCAAGAAGUUCGCUCAGACGCUGGUCCCAGAGGGAUCCGAUGAUGGCGUUGGUGGCCUACAGUUCGAGCGUGUUUUAUGCCGACAGCGGGCUCAUUGUUAUGAAUACCAAGGAACAUAGAGAACAGUUCGCGAAGAGCUAUCCGGCAUCUCGUCGUGUCACAUCGACUCUUGAGCGGGCGGUAUCCAAGGCUUUGCAACUUCUUGGACACGAAGGCGGAUGAACAGACAGGGACCACACGGUUCAAUUCUUUUAAUAUCUCACGAACAAGUUCGUUUGGAGGACCUAAAUGCUGCAAGAAAGGUGUUGAACGGUAAACAACUCAGGGUCACGCCCUGCUUUUUUCCGAGAGUGGUGUUGAAAACAACGUCUGAAAAGCUCUGCUCGGAAUAUGACGGCUAGUGUCUUCUUAGCCCAGACCUACGGGAAAAGAUCUCUGGCUUACACGCAACAAGCCAACGCGAUUGCUGCUUUGACAUUCAGCAAAACUUCGUACGGCGAGACAAGGGCCCCGAUAAUCUUGCGACAGAAGGUAAUAGACCCAGUUAAAGAAGGGGAGGAAACCACCGAAGUCUUCAAUGUUGACUCACUCGAUAUGAUAACGCUUGGGGUGGACAUCGUCUUCGAGAAUGAUGCCGAAGCUUCUUAUCACCUCAAUGAUCUGUUUCUUGAAUCACCAACUGGUAAAGCUUAUAGGUAUAAAAAGCCCAGAACUGACAGAGCUGCAGGCGUUCCAUGUCGGCCAGUUUAAGAUACGAGACGCCUCCCCCGGACAGUGGACCCUACGCAUCAAACCCGAAAAUUCCAUGCCAAAUUCAGUCAAGCUUGAAGUUUGGCUUCAGACGUCUUCGACCAGCGAUCCGCCCAUUACAUUAAAUGCCUGGCUUAGCUCUGAAUAUUGGAACGUGGAUCCUUCGAAGCCGCUUCUAGUCUAUGCGGAAGUUCGAAAAGGCUCGAACCCUCUUCGCUACGUUAGCGUCACAGCAACUGUGGUCGAUCCCGAGGGCAGCACGACGGAGUUCAGUCUCGUGGACAACGGUGCUGGCACUCCCGACGUGACCGCCGGCGACGGAAUCUAUAGCCGGUACUUCACUGGAUUUUCAAAAAAGGGCCGCUACACGUUGUCAGUGAGCGCAGAAGGUUCCGAUCAGAGCGUCAUAGUUGGUGGUGCCAUGCGAAACGAGGGUCCAUCACCGCCAGCUCAGUGCUGUGGAAGUCAGUUUCCGGAACGAGGGUCAGUGCCGUCUGGACGAUUCUCGCGGUAUUUCGAGUACGGGUCGUUUUUCAGCAUUGCCGACAAGCCUCCAGGUGACACAUACCCGCCAAGUCGCGUCACCGACCUGAAAGCGAGCCGCGACGGCGAUCGUGUCACACUCGAAUGGACUGCACCCGGAAACGACUAUGACCACGGUACGGCAAGGAGCUAUGAAUUCAGAUAUUUCGACAGAGCCGUCGACUUCGCGAAGCUUUUUGAAAAUUCUGGAAAAAUUCAUCCAAAAGUUUGACAUCGACAAUCUCGCGAACUCGCCCAAACCUUCUGGCGAACGGGAAAUGUGCUCGUUCAAAUUCAGUCACGGCGUUAACGGAGGAAGUUACUACUUCGCUAUGCGGGCCGACGACGACUCUAACAAAGGACCCGUGUCCAAUGUGGUGGAAGUGACCUUUCCGGAGCCUACAACUCCCUCGGCUGUUCCGGGUGGAAAGGGCACAGAAGAUGCUGUUGUGAACGUAACGGAUAACGACCGCAAUUUCGCGAGAGGUGGCUUGACGUCCUUGCAACUUGCGUUGGCCAUUGUGCUUCCGCUGCUCUUUCUGGUGAUCCUGAUCAUCAUCAUCUUACUGGUCGUGUGCUUCAGGAGAAGAGGCAAGGAUGCCAAAGGAUCGCAAGAUAGUUCAUCGCCGCCACCGCCCACGAGGACGCGUCCCAUUAUCUCGCCUCCGCUCGCCCAGAACUGGCUCGGUGACCCCCAAGAAAGAAGGCAGCGACGAAAAAGUGGACCCAUACGCCACGUCACUCUUCAAUGGUAGCAGUAUCAGCCCCAUUAACUCUUAUUCGGCAGACUACCUAAUGGACCAAUACGAAUUCGAGAAAGCAAAGAAGGCGUCUCAGAAUGGAACCCUGAAGACACCGACGGCACCGCAGCGCGCUGAUCUCUCGUCUUCUUCCGAUUCACAUUCGGAUGACCAGCCUGGCCGUCCGGAAAAGGUGUGGACGUCGCCGCAGGGCAGGAACCAUGAAGACGACGUCGGGCUGCCGGCCGUGAAACCGUACGUCACUGAACUGAGGCCUGUGCAGAGCCCUCCAUAUGAGCCAGGGUCCCGUCGCUUGCCUCCAGACUUUUCUUCGGUGCCUAGAAGACAAACGUUCGUGUAGUUCUGCGUGGAAGGUUCGUGUAGCUAGAAUAACUCUUCUACGGGUGCUGCUGUCUUCGUCACAGUGGUUUCAUUCUCCAGCCGUGUUGGGGCUCUUGCCUGUGGGAGUAGUGUGUGUUAGAAAGCCGAACAAUGGUUUUGUUGUAAGCGAACGUGCAUACACAUACUGUACAGCUUGUGCGCACGCUACUCGCGAUGAGAAAGAUGAAAACCGAGCCGGUUCUUGUUCUUGCGUGAAAGAGUCGUUUGCCAAGCACUUGCCUGGGCAGGAGCCCUAACAUUUGCUGCUAUUGCUGUUGGCGAUCCUUUCCAAAAUUUCGAACAACGAAAGCAUCUCUACUCUUUGAACUCAUUUAACUCUGCGGCAACUAGAACAUAUGGACAAAGUGCGGGAAUGCUUUUGAUUUUUUUAAUUGGAAAAUAGUAUUAGUUUUUUCUCCGACCAGUGUUCCUGCGGCUUAGUUGUGGCAGUUUUGUUUUAUUUCGCUCGUCGCCUUUUCUGUCGUUUCUGCGAGCGCGCGUUAUUGUCCACAGAAACAUAUGUACAAACCAGUGUUAUAUAUUUUAGUAUUAUACCAUUUUAUUAUUAUUACAUUUUUACUCACUGUAAAUAUACUCAUCAAAUGAAAUGUCUUCUCACU